AUGAGGAGCGCCUCGUUGCUCUGCAUCGAGAGCGGGACGAGCUGCUUUGACUCGGGCGCGGACUGGCGGUUUGAGGGAUCCGGUUUGAGGGACCCGUCGUUCGCACGCGCUCGGCCGCCGAACGUUCUCAUCCUCCUCGCGGACGACCUCGGCGUCGGCGACCUCGAGGCGUACUCAGCCUCCGCCUUGGUGCCGACGCCGGCCAUCUCGGCGCUGUCUGCAGCGGGCGUCCGCUUCACAGACGCGCACGCGCACCCACUCUGCUCGCCGAGCCGCUACUCCCUCCUCUCUGGCAGCUACGUCUUUCGGGGCCGCCGGCCCUCGUCCUCGUGGGGCCUAUCGGGAGGCUCGCAGCUCCUGCCUGGCCAGCGGACCAUUGCGGAGUCGUUCCGCGCGGCAGGUUACGCGACCCUGCUGCUCGGCAAGGCGGGCAUCGGAGGGGAGGUCGCCGCGCUACCCGAUGAGCUGCGCCGCUCGACCGAGGACGACAGGGUCGACUGGCUGCUAAGACGAGGGCGGAGGCUUGCCGACGGCCCGGCGCAGUGGGGCUUUGACGAGUCGCUCUCGAUGGUCUCGGGGAUCCAAUCGCCGCCGUACGCGUGGUUCAAUGGCAGCGUGGCGUCGCUUCCUCGCGGGAGCCGCUGCUGGGGCACGGCGACCCACGCGACGCGCACCGGCGACUGGGUGUCGGGCAAGUUUGCGGGCACCGGGCUGCGCCACCGCCGGUACACGCCGUGCGGUGCAGGGGACGGGCACGACGGCGCGGCGGACUGGGAGGGGCACAUGGCCGACGCCCACGUCGCGCAAGCUGCGCUCGGCUUUUUCGACCGGCGCCGCCGCGCACGCGGGCCGCAGCCGCCCUUCUUUGCCCUGGUCGCCACCGCGGCGGUGCACGCGCCCUUCACGCCGCCCGACCGGUUCCGGGACGCAGACAUCCGCACAUGGGUCGCCACCAGCGAGGUGGCGGCGCCGCGCCGGCUGCACGUCCCCCACUCGUCCAUGGUGGCGGAGUUGGACGCGGUGGUCGGGGCGCUGAUGGCGGCGCUCCGCUCCGCAGGCGAGCUCAACGAGACGAUUGUGGUCUUUGCGAGCGACAACGGCGGACUCAGCUGCGCGACCAAGCAGCACGGAUCGUGGAGGCCCUCGCCCGAGACACCCGCGCCGCCGUUUGAGGACGUCUCGCCCGAGCGGUCCGGGCUGCAGUCGCCGCUCUGCGGCGCCAAUUCUAGCGCCCACCUGCGGGGGCACAAGGGAGACCUCUACGAGGGAGGCCACCGGGUGCCGCUGCUGGUAGCGUGGCCGGCGGGCGGUGUGCCCGCCGGGGGGGAGUGCGGCGACCUGGUCGGGCUCACCGACCUCUACGCCACCCUGCUCGACCUGGCCGGCCUUGCGCCGCCCGCUCCCGGCCAGGCAGCGGACAGCGUCAGCUUCAAGCGCCGCCUGCUCCGACCCCGCGACGGCCACCCGGCCCGGUCCGACCUGCUCGUGCCGUCGCCGCCGAGCUGGGCGCUGCGGUGGUCGCGCUGGAAGCUGAUCAGCCUCGCGCACGGCAGCCAACGCGCCACCGAGCUCUUCGACCUCGAGGCGGACCCGGGCGAGACGACCAACCUGCUGCCGCCCCACAACGUGAGCGGGCAGCCGCCACGCGCGUCCGGCGAGGCCGCCUCGCGCCACGAGGCGACGGCCGCACGCAUGGCCCAGCGCGCGGACCAGAUUCUGACCAGCGGCGAGCUCGGAGGGCGAAAGCGGAUGCAAGCAUUGCGAACGAUGUGA